AUGCAAUACAAAUCUGCUUUAUCCGCUGCCGCUGUCAUGGCUGCCACCACUCUAGCUGCCAACUCCACUUCUGUUGACACUGAUGUUCCAUCUUCCUGUUCUUUAGAUUCUAAAGCCACUGCCACUGCUCAAACUGAUUUAGAUAAAUUACAAGGUUGUAAAACCGUUGUUGGUGAUUUGACUAUCUCCGGUUCUUUAGGCUCUGCUGCUUUAGCUAACGUCCAAAACAUUGUCGGUUCUUUAACCUUAACCAAUGCCACCUCUUUGAGUUCUUUCUCUGCCGACUCUUUGAAGACCAUCUCCAAGUCUUUGGUCAUGCAAGACUUAACCAUCUUGACCACUGCUUCUUUCGGUUCUUUGGAAUCCGUUGACUCCAUUCAAAUGAUCACUUUACCAGCUAUCACCACUUUCAACUCUAACUUAAAGACUGCCAAUAACAUUUACAUUUCCGAUACUGCUUUGGAAUCUGUUGACGGUUUCUCUAACUUACAAUCUGCUGCUACUUUCAACAUCAACAACAACAAAUAUUUAUCCAAGAUAGAUUCUUCAAUUGAAACUAUUUCUGAUUCUCUACAAUUCGAUUCUAACGGUGACGAAGCUUCUGUUAAAUUCGAUAACUUAAUCUGGGCUAAUAACAUUACUUUAAGAGAUGUUGCUAACGCUUCUUUCGCUAAAUUACAAGCUGUUAACGCCUCUCUAGGUUUUAUUAACACUUCCUUAGAUAACAUCGAUUUACACUUAUUAACCAAGGUUGGUCAAACCUUAACCAUUGUUUCUAACGAUGAAUUAACUGACAUUGACUGUUCUAACUUAACUGCUGUUGGUGGUGGUUUCAUUGUUGCCAACAACACUAACUUACAAAACAUUGACGGUUUCUCUAAAUUAGCCACUGUUGGUGGUGCUAUCGAUGUUGAAGGUAACUUCACCUCCUUAGAUUUAGAUUCUUUGAAAUCUGUUAAAGGUUCUGCUUUCGUUAAGACUAGCUCCGGUAACUACUCAUGUUCCGCUUUAAAUAAAUUACAAAAGAAGGGUUCCAUCCAAGGUGACAAAUAUGUCUGUAAGAACGGUGCUAUUUCCUCUUCUUCCAAGAAAUCCUCUUCUUCCUCUUCUAAGAAAUCUUCUUCUGGUGCUUCUUCUUCUUCUGCUUCUAAACAAGAUAAGCAAGCUUCCUCCGAUUCUUCCUCUUCUUCCGCCUCCUCUACCGAAGAUUCUUCCUCUUCCUCUGCUUCUAACUCAUCCUCUCACAACGCUGCUGCCGCUCAAUUUAAGCAAGGUUCUACUUUCAUUGGUGCUUUAGCUGCCGUUGCUGUUGCUUUAAUUUAA